AUGGGACUUCUAGACAUCAUCAAAUCAUUCAAGUCCAAUAAUGGACGUGAAAUUCGAAUUCUACUCCUUGGACUCGAUAACGCUGGCAAAACUAGUAUUCUGAAGCAACUCUCGGCUGAAGAAAUCACAAACGUAACUCCAACUCGUGGAUUCAACGUGAAGAGUGUGGUUACCAACGGCGAUAUCCGACUUAACGUCUGGGAUAUUGGUGGCCAACGAUCGAUACGACCAUUUUGGAGUAACUACUUCGAAAAUACAGAUGCACUAAUCUAUGUGAUUGAUUCGAGUGAUCGGCGGCGUUUUGAUGAGACAAGCGUGGAGCUGAUGGAGCUGCUCGAUGAGGAGAAGCUGAGCCGUGUGCCUGUCUUGAUAUUCGCUAAUAAGCAAGAUUUGGUCUCUUCGGCGCCGGCGUCGGAAAUUUCGAAACGUUUGAAGCUCACGGAGAUUCGCGAUCGAACUUUGACCAGCUCUCACCCGGUCUCUGAAGAAAAGUUCAAAGAAGAAGUCGAAAAGGCUGUAGAUUUGCUGUACGAUGCGGAUCAUCUGCACUAUUUCUUUACGGAUCGAGAUGGCACUUUGAAGAGUUACGCGUGCAGUUAUCCGUCCAGUAUUCAACCAGCUUACUCCGGAGUCAUUCAGGCUCAAUUCGCUCGACGAUGUGCUCAGACAUGCUGCAUUCUUACCACUGCACCGAUGAUGCAUGUUGGAGUGCUCGAUGUCUCCACUAUACCGCCUGGCUACUACUAUUAUGGUGCAUCGGCUGGACGAGAAUGGUUCAUAGAUCCUACCAACAAAUUCCAGGAUACAAAGCUGCUGGAACGUCAGGAAUUCCGAGUGUUCACUUGGGUCGGCUCCGGAUUACAAAAGCAUUACGGGCACGUUACUAUUGCACAUCAAGAUAUAUACGGCUCAUCGAAUAAUGGACGUGAAAUUCGAAUUCUACUCCUUGGACUCGAUAACGCUGGCAAAACUAGUAUUCUGAAGCAGCUCUCGGCUGAAGAAAUCACAAACGUAACUCCAACUCGUGGAUUCAACUCACAAGCGCGACAUCGGCUCUCAAACGUCUGGGAUAUUGGUGGUCAACGAUCGAUACGACCAUUUUGGAGUAACUACUUCGAAAAUACAGAUGCACUAAUCUAUGUGAUUGAUUCGAGUGAUCGGCGGCGUUUUGAUGAGACAAGCGUGGAGCUGAUGGAGCUGCUCGAUGAGGAGAACCGUGUGCCUGUCUUGAUAUUCGCUAAUAAGCAAGAUUUGGUCUCUUCGGCGCCGGCGUCGGAAAUUUCGAAACGUUUGAAGCUCACGGAGAUUCGCGAUCGAGUCUGGCAAAUCCAAGGCUGCUCGGCGCUCACUAACGACGAAGGUGUCUCCGAAGCAAAAACAAAAUGGACUUUGACCAGCUCUCACCCGGUCUCUGAAGAAAAGUUCAAAGAAGAAGUCGAAAAGGCUGUAGAUUUGCUGUACGAUGCGGAUCAUCUGCACUAUUUCUUUACGGAUCGAGAUGGCACUUUGAAGAGUUACGCGUGCAGUUAUCCGUCCAGUAUUCAACCAGCUUACUCCGGAGUCAUUCAGGCUCAAUUCGCUCGACGAUGUGCUCAGACAUGCUGCAUUCUUACCACUGCACCGAUGAUGCAUGUUGGAGUGCUCGAUGUCUCCACUAUACCGCCUGGCUACUACUAUUAUGGUGCAUCGGCUGGACGAGAAUGGUUCAUAGAUCCUACGAACAAAUUCAAGGAUACAAGUAUCCCCGAGAAACAUCUGCAGUUGCUUGAUCAGGUGUUUCAACUUAUUCAAGAGCUGCUGGAACGUCAGGAAUUCCGAGUGUUCACUGGGUCGGCUCCGGAUUACAAAAGCAUUACGGGCACGUUACUAUUGCACAUCACAAGAUAUAUACGGCUAGUGCCCACUAAUGUCAGCGAGGAGUUGUUUGACGAGAUUCAUCACAUCGUCAGCAUGCUCGAUCCAGAUUCCACCGUUUUGGAAGUGAAGACGUCGAAGCUUGACACUAAAAUCGUGCUCAAGGGAAAAGGUACUGAAGAACCUUUCAACAAGGGCCAUGGUAUACGGAUGUUAUGCGAGAAGAUGAAAUGUGACCUCAAGGAUGGAAAUAUACUGGUAUGUGGUGACUCAUCAACUGAUUUACCCAUGUUGGAGGAAUGCCUCAAGCGGAAUCCCUCAGGUGUUUACACGAUAUGGGUCACUACCGAUGAACCACUUCAACAAAAGGUUCGUGAUCUGUGUGGAUCGCACAACAAUACGAACAUCGCCUUCGUCUCCUGCCCGGAAGUGCUUCUCGGAGCAAUGGCCCAGGCCACAAUUCGUGAAAUCAGUAUAGUUCGGCGUGAAUAA